CCAAUUGUCAAACAAACCAGCAAUCUUCACAUGACCUGCAUGAAUCAGAUUUACUUUCGUGCCAAAAAAAUUUAGCACAAACUCAUUUUGUUUUUUUUUUGAGAUAUAUCUUUUUUUCGGACGUUUGUAUAACAAUUUCUCAAAAAUAUCAUAUAAAGACAGAAAAAAUCAAAAAUUUUAUAAAAAAUGAAGCGAGUGCUGAUUGUUAGUAUGAAGGAAAGCAGCGGCUAUGUUACCCGAGUGCAGAGCAUGUUGUCUAGUCUGCAUGCUCAAAUCUCAUUGGCCAACGAGUUGGAGCCGAAGUCGCUGAGUACUCGGAUGGACUUAGUUCUGAAUUGUGACGUAGUGGUGAUUUUGGCCACGAUGAAACUACAAAGAAGCAUGAAAAUGAUGGAAAUGGCUGUGGCAGCGUACGAGAAGUAUAAGAUCAUGGUCGUGUUCCCAGUGGAGAUGGGCUACAGGCCAUUCGGAGUGCUGGGGGGCAUCGCGCAGACCAACGACGACUGCAGCGAGGCGCACCUGGACACUGUAACUCCUGAAGAGUUCAACAAGGCUGUUUGUACCCAUGUGAAAUCUCUCAUCAGAGUGGACUUGGGUUCCCUGGAUGCGAUGACUGCUCCUCCGAAGCCCAAUGGGAACAAAGUGGUCGUGCAUGCAGCUCCAGACACCGAAGUGACUGUGAAGAAACUAGAGGAGGCGUUCAAAAAACAAGGAGUGCCUGUGACUAAAAUCUCCUCAAUCAAACUCAACUCUGUCAAGGACUGCGCUGUGUACAUACCUGUAGUGUCGCAGCAGUUCUUCGCCUCCAAGUACAGCGAGAGGGAGAUGGAACAGAUCAGAGAACAGCACGACUGUCAUGUCAGGGCUGUCACCACUGGCACUAACAUGGCAAAUGCACCCCCGUGGGCCAG